AUUUUUAGAGGAAAAAUGGCAUUCGUCGAGUUUAUGAAGAAGGCACUUCAAAGAGGCCGUUCUGUCACACUCCCACCUGACCCCAACGAAGCUUCAUACGUCCUCCUUCCAUACGUAGUACAGAACCAACUGAAGCCUGUUGAACAGCUGAUUACUAGUUCAAAUUUUGAUGUUAAUCAUAAAUUCGGACGUGCUCAGCGUACGCUAUUACACUCAGCAGCAAACACUGGUGCUAUAGAUACUCUAUCAUUUCUCAUAAAACGAGGAGCUACCAUAAAUGUUAUUGAUAGAAUUGGUGUGACGCCUCUUCACCUUGCAGCAAGGAACGGGCAUAAGAAAUGUGUUCAGAAACUUUUUGACAAUGGUGCUGAUAUCAGCAUUCAUGACAAUGAAGGAUUAACAGCUUUGCACUGGUUAGCUUGUAAUGGCCGCACAGAGUUGUUAUUCAGUAUACUGCAGAGAGGAGAAUUUGUUGAUGUAGUGGAUGUUCAUGGUCAUACUGCGUUACAUGUUGCUUGUCAGAAUGGUCACUAUCAGUGUGUUCUGAAACUGUUAGAGUUCAAAGCUGAUUUUGACAAACCCAGUAAUGAUGGAAGGACACCACUCUUUUUUGCAUGCAGACAUGGUCAGAUAAAAUGUCUUAAGCUCUUGCUGUCAAUGAGUGCCAGUAUGGCUCCAGAUCACAAUGGAGUCUCCCCACUGGAGAUAAGUGCUGAAAAUGGUUAUAAAGAAUGCGUUGAGCUCAUUUUAAUGAAGUACCCCGAUCAGAUUGAUCGGUUGCUGUUACUUUCAAGAGAUGAUAAGGUCCCCCUGGAUACGAUGCUCUCAGUGAUGGAGUACCUCUGUCAGUGUAAUGUGGCCAUCAUGAUUGGACUAAUAUCCAGACUAGCUAAUCUAGCGUCUACUGCAGGAAUGGAACUACUGACUGUCACUAGUAGUUACUCCGACCUCAUGCCUCAGUUCCUAAGAUACAUAAAGGUCCUCUGUGCCCUCUACCCCUACUACUGCUCUGCUGUCUCUCAGGCCCCACCCUCUCCCCUCGCUCGUCAAACCUCCCCCACUACACGACUGAGAGGGAGUGAGAAUCCUAAUGACUCAAGACCUCGGCGAGCGGCAACACUGAACCUCUUUUCCGGUAGAGGAGGAGGAGGAGGGCAUGCUCGUACCAAUUCUCAUGGUUCCCCUAUUGACCUCUUUAGCGAGAUACAGAUAGAGAGAGAGAGUAUGAUUUCAGCCUCACUAGGUGAUGUCACUUCUGCUUCCAGUUAUCCUAAUAAUCCAAUGGAGCAGUUAGACACUGUAUGGGCCUCACUAGCCUCUUGGUUCGACUUACUACAAAACGAAAUAUCAAAAUUACCGGAGGUGACUCCGCCCAUCAUUAAUGAGAUAGACUCCCCACCCACACAAGUUAACGAGGAGGCAUGUCCAACUAAUGGUGGCGACACCUCUCAACUAGCAGCUGCUAUUAUUCUCAGUGCCCCGCCCAGAAGACGACAGGUGUUUCUACGUAAUAGCAAUGAUGGGAGUGGCUUUGUAGGCGGGGCUAGCUCCACCGUUAAUAAAUCGCUAAAGAGGAGGACCUGGCAUGUCGAUAGAGUGGUGAGGGUUAUAGCUUUGGAGGAGGAAGAUGAGGAGACAUCUUCGCUGCCUUCUUUUGCACGAUCAACGUCCUCCGAUAAUUACCAUUCAUCAGAAAACCAGUUGAAGCCGCUAAUGGAAGAUAUCGAUCAGACUCCUUCCAUCCAAGAGGAGGUGGGAGAAGAAAGGGGCGGGGCUAAAUCACCCGAUAUUGUUGGAGUGUAUGCUGAUAGACUGUCAGCUGUGACUCAUGCCUUUAGCCUCUGCUCAAAAGCAAUGAAGAAACCAGCUGGAAAAAAAUCUGAUUCUCCUGACAAGUUUGACGAGUUUGUGAGUAAAUACGAGUCAGUUCUUAAAGUUCUACUCGCGAGGUGUCCUAAGAUGAUUUUUGUUCAUUUUCAUUUCUUGCUUGAAAACAACCAGCUGCUCCAGAGAUUCAUUCACAUCGUCCACGCACAGCCGUUUGAAGAUCGUAAGAAGUGGUUUUAUGAAAACCUUUAUGAUGGAGCUGAACCAAACCAGCAACUAACCCUGGUACCACAAGAAAAUGAAAUAAUUGUAGACAGGGAGAAUAUUUUCACAACUUCUUGUUCAAAGAUAUCAGAAGCAUCGGUGGAUCAACUCAAGUUAUCUCUUGCUAUACGUUUUGAAGGAGAAGCAGGAAUGGGUGCUGGUGUUCAUAGGGAAUGGUUCAAUGACCUCUCAAGUGAAAUAUUGAAUCCAGACUAUGCACUCUUCACACAAUCUGCUGAUGGUGCUACGUUUCAGCCCAACAGUCAUUCUGAUGUUAACCCUGAUCACUUAAGCUAUUUCAAGUUUGCCGGUCGGACCAUGUCCCUAGCCCUUUACCACAGACAACUGCUCAAUGUCUACUUCACCCGCUCAUUCUACAAGCAUAUACUAGGUAUUCCUGUUAGCUAUAGAGAUGUGGAGUCUAUUGAUCCGGAAUAUGCUAAAAAUUUACAAUGGUUACUGGAUAACAAGAUUGACGAGAUGGACCUUGGUUUGACGUUCCUUUUAGAAACUGAUGUUUUUGGCACAACGGAAAUAAUUGAACUGAGACAAAAUGGAAAAGACAUUCUAGUCACUGACAGCAAUAAAAAAGAGUAUGUCCAGUUAGUUACUGAAAUGAGAAUGACUCAAGCAAUUGGCCACCAAAUAAACGCAUUCACUGAAGGAUUCUAUGAGAUAAUACCUCACCAUUUAAUAUCAUUAUUUGAUGAAUAUGAACUGGAGCUACUGUUGUCUGGUCUACCUGAUAUUGAUGUUAAGGACUGGAUUAAGAACACUGAUUAUAAUGGGUACAGUGAGGAACACCCUGUAAUUAAGUGGUUCUGGGAGGUUGUUGAAAUGAUGGAUAAAAAGACUUUAGCUAUUUUAUUGCAGUUUGUGACCGGAAGUUCAAGGGUUCCCCUUGGUGGUUUUGCUAAUCUUGUUGGUGCCUCUGGUCUUACAAAGUUCACAAUAUCUCAAUUGAAUUAUGAACCUAACAGACUACCAAUGGCAAGCACUUGUUUUAAUUUAUUGAAAUUGCCCGAGUACCCAAAUAAGGACAUUCUUAAGGAAAGGCUCAACUUUGCACUAACUUGUGGGACAAGUCUCAUUGACAUCACAUGACAUCGUAUGACAUCAUAUGACAUCAUAGUAGUGCAAUAAUUAAUUACAAUAGUAGCAUUUAUCGUGUGAUUUUAAUUCAUUUUAUUUUUUUAUAAUGUGAUGCAUCUGUGAAAUAAUUAAUUUUUUAAUAAUCAUAAAUAAUAAUAAUAAUAAUAAUAAACAAAUUUUGAACAAAAAUUAACGACGAUUA